CGCAUUUAGAACUAGGUCGGACACCGUAGUACUGAUUAUCAAAGAGGGAAACCUAACUUGAACAGAACUGUGUAGGCAAUAUCUAUGGUGUAGGCGACUGCAUGUAAAUAAAGAGGAAUAAAUCGUUAACAUUAGUUAACUAAUUUGAGAUGGCUAAAAAGCAGCACUAGCGCAAAACUCGCUAUCGUCGUCAGAUACGUAGAAGCUACCACAACAACCAGCUAACGUUAACGUUAACGUCGUAAACACCAACGACCAUACAUACAUAUGUCAUAUGUCAUCCCCAAUUUUUCCUUUUGUUGCUGAACAGUUGCUAAAGGAUAUUGAAAAAAGUUACAAGGAACGAGCUCAGCUUCCUGAUGAUCUGCUCAUUGCGUUGCGGUAUGUAUUUGGGUCUUGUGCCCUCCAGGCCUUGGACCUUGUGGACCAGCGCUCUGUGACCUGUGUGUCAUCUCCUAGUGGCAGAAGAGUGUUUCGGGUCAUGGGGGGCUCAGGUCAGCGCUACACCUGCUUCACCUCCUGUCACUAUUGCCCAUGCCCGGCCUUCUCCAUACUGGUGCUGAAGCGGAACACCAGUCUGCUGAGCCCAUCACAGCAGCUCAGAAGCAAAGGAGGCAGCCACAGCACAGUGGUGGUGUUCAGAUGCUUGUCGUCACUAUGUAAGCACAUUCUGGCUGCCUACCUGUGCCAGGCUAUGGGGCUGUCCCAACAUGAGCAAGUGUCCGACCAGGACAUGUCACGAAUACUGGCAGGUCAAGCGGACACUGACUCAUAGAUGACGGACUCCAGCGCCGGACAACCACACAGAUGAAAGAUGAAUAAGGAUACCAUAGACAGCCCUGUAGAGUCUACAGUGACAUCCAGACAGGUCAGACAUAGCUGAAACACUCGCCAGUUCAGGCGAGUGAGGGGAAGAUGCUUUGUGUUCAGCAACUAGGAUGAUUUAGCCUUAUUACCUUUAGCAUCUGUCAAAACUAACUAGUAGUGAAAGUGAAAGUAAAAAGGGAUAUGUUCAUUUCGGCGAGGUCCCUGUGGACAAAAACAGUAAAAUACAGCUUUCAUACAGUAGGUUAUAUGAAACUACAUGUGUUCCUUUUCAUUUUCUGCUUUGCAAAUUUUGUUCAAACAUGAGCUCAGCUUCAAAUUUCACUUUGAAGCCUCUUGUGACCAGAUGUUAAGCCUGAUUUGCAUUCUCUGUGUGUUUGAGCCAAAAAAUAGCCAUUUAAUCCCUUGUCAAAGCAUGUAUGCAAUGUAUUGUUUCAGUUAACUUACCUUGUAUGUAUUUGUAGUGUCCCUUUAUUUUAAAAUAAGAAAUCUAGUCUGUUAUUGCUAAUAGGGAUCAGUAUAACUUGCUUGUUGUUCAAAGGUCUUACAUUUUACAAUAAACAUUUUUGACAUUU